AUGCUGCUCAUGCGGCUCAUGCGGCUCAUGCUGCUCAUGCUGCUCAUGCUGCUCAUGCUGCUCAUGCUGCUCAUGCUGCUCAUGCUGCUCAUGCUGCUCAUGCUGCUCAUGCGGCUUAUGCUGCUCAUGCGGCUCAUGCGGCUCAUGCUGCUCAUGCUGCUCAUGCUGCUCAUGCUGCUCAUGCUGCUCAUGCUGCUCAUGCUGCUCAUGCUGCUCAUGCUGCUCAUGCUGCUCAUGCGGCUCAUGCUGCUCAUGCGGCUCAUGCGGCUCAUGCUGCUCAUGCUGCUCAUGCUGCUCAUGCGGCUCAUGCGGCUCAUGCGGCUCAUGCUGCUCAUGCGGCUCAUGCGGCUCAUGCUGCUCAUGCUGCUCAUGCUGCUCAUGCUGCUCAUGCUGCUCAUGCGGCUCAUGCUGCUCAUGCGGCUCAUGCGGCUCAUGCUGUUCAUGCGGCUCAUGCGGCUCAUGCUGCUCAUGCUGCUCAUGCUGCUCAUGCGGCUCAUGCGGCUCAUGCGGCUCAUGCUGCUCAUGCGGCUCAUGCGGCUCAUGCUGCUCAUGCUGCUCAUGCGGCUCAUGCGGCUCAUGCUGCUCAUGCUGCUCAUGCUGCUCAUGCUGCUCAUGCGGCUCAUGCGGCUCAUGCUGCUCAUGCUGCUCAUGCGGCUCAUGCUGCUCAUGCUGCUCAUGCUGCUCAUGCGGCUCAUGCGGCUCAUGCUGCUCAUGCGGCUCAUGCUGCUGAUGUUGUUCCCCUCAGAGAACAGCACUUGGUGGUGGUUUUAGCCAUACGUGGCAGCGGGCUGUAAAACACUGUUGUUUUUAGAAACAUUCUUGCUCAGAAAAAACUCUUGUGAAUUUGUAGGGCAAAAGUGAUGGUAACUAGUUUCGGCAGGUGGCUGCCUUCAUCAGACCAUACACAAAAGAGCAAAUGAGCAAGGCUAAAUAGGCAGGAGCUCGUGAACCUCCCAAGCCCAAAAUGCGGCUCGAGGGAAUUCUCGGAGUCCGAACCUCUAGGCUAGAGAAAGUGAAAUAAGUGUAGCUACACCUAACACUUUCUAGCUGAAACUAAAAUAUCUCCUGUAGG